AUGUCUUUCAAUAAUCGAAAUCUUACGGAAUCGCACUUGAAGGACGGCGAUCGAAAAGAGACUAUUCCUCAAGCCGCAGACGUUGCAGAUACGUCAACACAAAUCCAUGGCCCAUUCUUCAUCGAGCAAAUGCUACUAUUCGAAUACAAAGAAUUAUCGAAACACAAUCUCACUGGAGUAUUUGUUCUUCCCUCUGCUCACAAUCCUCUAUGCUGGCAUGGUGUUGUAUUUGUUAGACAUGGUGUAUAUAUUGAAGGAGUUUUUAAAUUUGAUAUCCUGAUUCCUCAAAAUUUUCCUUAUGGUAACUGCCCGAAAAUUAUUUUUACCAAUCCGAUAUAUCACCCUGAUGUUAACCCGGAAACAGGCGAGCUGUACUUAAAGAAAAGUUUUCCGGAAUGGAGAUACGAAAGUGAAUUUCAUCGAUUUAAGCAGAAAGUUGCACAAUCGAUCGAAAAAGGAAGAAGACGACUAUUUGAUAAUGAUUCUGAUGACCCUCACGCAAUAAAGUUCAAGAAGUGGGAUCCUAAUGUCCAUGAAGUCGCCCUUAAGUCUCUUCUAGCCAAUAAGUUAAUGUCUCGAGAAUUAUGGUUUACAUGUUACAAUUAA